AUGGAAAGGGUGAAAAGGCGCUUUAGUGCUGAUGAUUUCAAGCGAGGGCUCGAGGUUCUGGACGAGGAGAUGGGCAAGGAUGACUGGCUAAUAGCCUUCGCGCCCAUCACACUAAUCUCCACGGGAGGAUUCCUGGCGACCAACUACUUCCACAACCGAGACAGUACAAGCGAUCUGGACUAUCUUCUCGAACCCCAGUGGGCGAGCGAUAACGACGUCAAGCGGCCGCUGCAGAAGGCAAUGGUACGCACGGCGAAUCAGCUCGGGUUUACCGAAGACUGGGUCAAUGAUGACAUGGCAUUUUUCAUCCCCGAACAGUCCAGGGAAGACUUAUUCGAGAUGGCAGAGGAGCAGAAUAUCGUUCUCUGGGAAGGGACCAAUCUACGGGUGCUGGCCGUUCCACUGGAAUAUGCCCUGGAACGGAAGCUGAGGCGCAUUCAUAAUAGCAGGAGACACGUCAAGCGCGGGUCGGAUAUCGUCGACGUGGUCGCGAUUUUGAAGCAUUUGAGGACACAGAAUGAAAGCCCGCUGAGCAGGGAACACAUCCGGACGCUGAAUAUCUGUUCUUUCGAGAUGCCGCCGGAUAAUACGACGAUGAAUGAGAUCGCUGCGGCAUAUCGGGAGCAGCAUAGCGAAGAGGCUUUUGACUAG